AUGUAUCAGCAAGUGAUUCAGUUUGGAUAUCCGCAAUUUCUCGCCAUUAUGAGAAAUGGUAAGCCAUUUGUAAUAAGAAAAAAUGGUUUACACGAGCAGUGGUACAGUGUCACUCACCUCAGAUAUGACAUUGCCAAAUUACUUUUCACAGAUACUGAUGACAGAGAUUAUAAUUAUGUUGAGAGUGACGUAGAAUUGUAUGAAUUGAUUGUUGUAUUUACAUUUGGGUUUAAGUGUAGGAAGGUCUGGUUUGACGGCAGAUUAUGCUGGACAAUGCCGUCUAAUGCUAAGGAAUUUCCAAAAUAUUUAGCGUUUCACCUAAGAUAUAAUCAAAUGUAUCUUAUGUUCUCCAAAUUGAGGAUGGAGAGGUUAGAUUUGGAGAAUCCUCAGGUCGAUGCUGGUGUAAUUGAGCGUCCCGUGUCUCUAAAGAGAACAGUUCAAUGUGACAAUAGAAUAGUUAAAGAGGCUAAAAGAGUGUGUAAAAGGAAGUCAAAAAUGGCUAAAACUGUUAUAGAGCCCGGUAUAGGGGAGGUUGACGGUGGCUCCACAAGCCUCAAUAUGCCCAGGCAAACUGAACCACCCAGGAUUGAGCCUAUAGAGCAGCAAUCUGAAAAUUGUUCAAUACCUCAAGAAAUGACAUUAGAAAGUUGUUAUUUACCCAGUGAAGGGGUUAGAAUUGAUGUGCUGGGCAAGAAUGACAGGGAGAUACUAAGGCUGUUUCAGGAAAACUGGCACAAAAUUAUCUUAUGUAACGGGUAUAAUUCUACUACUAAUAAUAACAUUUAUCGUUACAAGCUUGAUAAAAAGUUCCUGAGCAAGAGAUUUAGAAGGAAUUGUGUCAGAGAACUUAUUGAAUCAAUUGACUUCUACAAGGAACAGAAGAUUAUAGUCUUGGGAACUCUCACCAAGUUUAAUCUGUACAAACUAGAAAACAAUGAGUGGACCAAGAAAGAGUAUGAGAUUCCUCAGAUAAAACUGCGCGGAAGGGGAAAUUCCAGAAGAUCUGCUACAUUGUCCAGUGACCAGUAUACUAUUGAGUUAAGUAUGGCAGGAGAUACAAUUCUCUUGGUAUAUAGAGUAAACGAGGGUAUGAAAUGUGUCAGGGUAAAGCUAGGAAAUCGUCUCGUAUGGAAGAAUAAUAAUAAAGACCUAUACUUUAUCAAGACUUUGGUGUACAACCUUACAGAUGGCGGUAUAUUGGUGGAGACUAACAUCUUAAUCAAGUGUACAAAGGUGAAUAAUAAAUGGGUUAACAAACAUCAAAUUCCGUUUUAUUUAAAGCAUUACGCUGAGGACUUGGGUGGGUUAAUUCCAAUUUACAUGGACAGUCUGAUUCAAGAAACUAAUAGACACAAAUACUUACUUGAGUAUCAAAAUGUGAACUUUGACCUUAUCAAGUACCGUGAGAACAUUGUUUGGAGGCGUAAUUUAGGAAAACCCCUGCCAAAGAGCUUAAGACUUUAUGGUCACAGUUCUUUCUUCAAGUUUAUCUUUGGAUUUGAUGGUAAAUUUAUAGAAUAUAAACUACAAGGGAAUAGACUGACUGAGGAACACUAUCCAAUUCCACCAAUCAGACUACUCACUGAAGAUCUGGGUAACGUUGUCACACUAAGUUCUGAAGAUUAUAGUAUGCAAUUUUGUCCAUUUAAACGUCCUAGAUUUGUUUAUACUCUCAAGAAUGGAGUGUGUACCCUUGUUAAAUAUGCUGAUAGAGUAAUUUGGAACCGUAAUCCCGGCGAGAAACCACUCUACAUUGUUUAUAGUCAAGAAACUGGAAGAAUUGAAGUUAUUUUCGAGGACAAAAUUCUAUUUGCCAAUUCAAAAAAUCCCAACUCUAUUGUACAAACCAUCAAAAUUCCUCCUGAGCUAACCUUACACAAGAGAAAUGAACAGGGCGAAACUGUACAACUCAGUCCUCUAGAGUACAGAGUACAGACAUUUUAUAAAUCUGGAUUGAGAUACACGCGUAACAAUGACGUCAUUUGCACUGAAGUUAGACAUAAUAACAGAGUAGUCUGGAGCCACACUGAUGGAGACCACAAACCCUUUUCAUUCAUCUACCGCUAUCAAAGAUUUAAGAAAAUUACCGUCAAGUUCCACUAUAAACCUUCAAUACAGUAUCAACUUCAAGAAGAUCAAUGGACUCUUAACUCUUAA